AUGAGUGCCGGUUUCGGGAAGAUAGAUUUGAUGAUCAAAGGAGACAUUAUAUGCUGUCGUCCUCAUCAACUUGAGGUCUGCUCUGAAUGUGAUUUGGACUUUAACUCCUUGAAUUCUCUGCAUAAAAGUCUUCUACAAAUCAAUGGGAACAUUCCACCACCAAACGCUGUAAAUGAAAGGUUAUCAAGGCAAAUCAUGGGACUGAAAGAAGAAGGAAACAAACAAUUUAAAGCAGAAAACUAUCUCGAAGCGAUUAGGCUAUACACUCUGGCAAUAGAGAUGGCUUUUCAAAGACCCAUGUGGGAACCUCACGAAAUAACGGCUCAUGAUGUUUCAAUUUGUUUAAGUAAUAGAUCCGCCGCUUACAUGGGAAUCAAAUCUUGGGUAAAUGCAUACGUUGACGCAGAGUGGGGAAUCAGGAUUAAAUCGGAUUAUGUAAAGGGAUAUUUUAGAAAAGGAAAGGCCUUAAUGGCGAUGAGAAGGUAUGAUGAAGCUAUAAAGGCAUUUGAGGUUGGCUUAGAAUUUGCACCAAAUGAUGAAAGUUUAAAGAGUGUUCUCGAUGAGGCAAUAGAAUUGAAAGGAAAUGAGAUGGUGGAGUAA